AUGGAUUUGGAGGCGACGUCCAAACGAAGGCUCUAUCCGGGAUAUGUCAAAGUAAAGGAACCGGGUUUCACUGCCACCACUACACCUGUUCAAAAACCUCAAGGGGGCAAUGUACUUCAGAAAGAGGUUUUCGAGAUUCUCUUUAUUCGUUCAUCAAAGAAUUCUGCCCUUGCCACUGUCGUCAGUGCGAUCACACAGUUUCUCCAUGGUUGUGCAUUCUCUUAUCUCUUGUCAAAUAUCGCCCUGAAUGAGGAAGAGAUAUAUCAAUAUGGUUGUACCUCUAUCGACGAGACUAUCGCAGGGCUACAGCGCUUCAUACAAUCUCGUCAGCUUGGCAGUUCUAGGUUUCGCGAAAAGCUGAAAAGCUGGAGGACAUCUCGCACAAGCAAACAACCACAUAUCAUUAUUUUUACAGACAGUCUCGGUUCAGUGCUUAUCAGAGGGGUUUCUUUGAAAUAUCAUUUUGGGAUACCCAUCCGCACUAAGCUCAUGUUGUUCUUCCAGGAGAAUGAACCUCGAGAUGUCGGUAACAUUGUCGACAGCAAAAAGCGAGAGGGAAUUAACAAACAAAUGGAGAGAAUCACGAAUGAAUUCAAUGUCAAGGUACAAACGUAUUCCGAGUUGAACUCCAUGACUUGGGCAUCUAUACGCCGGCGAGACUCUACUGACCACAACAAUCGGGACUUGGAAUUCUGGCGAGGAGUGCGAAAGACCCUUGAACAGACUAUACAGCGCGCAUAUCCAAUGCUUGAGCAACGGUUGGAUUUUGCUUCGGUCGUAUCCGAGACCCUGGACUUGUCUGGAAUUUCGUCAGAAGGGUAUUCACAACCGAAGCCAUACGAGACUUUCAUACAAUCAGUUGAACGGUCGCCAAAGACAGCCCUUGAUCCGACCAUAGACGAGGGUAUUUGGAAGGCCUUGAGAGAUCAGGCAGAGGCACGAUUGGAAAGUGGUGAUAACGAGCGUGCCCUCGCGAUGUUUCAGCAGUGUUUGACGAUGAGAAUCCCUUAUGACGACGCAGUCUGGGAAAUCAAGUCUAGCCUGGCAUUCGCUCGCAUGAUGCUUGGUCAUUAUGUCAGAGCGGAACGCGACCUGUCCGAACUCCGACAAGAGCUUGGUCCAUGUGUCAAGCAAAACCCAGGACUGGACAUCACUGGUAUUCUCCUUAAUCAUGCUCUCGCGUUAUCACGAAUGGGCAACUACAACAGGAUGAAAGAAUGCCUGCAUGAAAUUGUCCUCCCGAAAUCGAAUGACUCGCAACCGAAGAGAGUGUUCAAAGAGCAGCAAAAAGGAUCAGAUAAGGUUUUUGAAGAUAUUUACACUUUGGAACAGCAAAAACAUUUCAAAUUUGCAGCAACGGUCUGCCGACUCCGAGCUCUUGCUUGGGCCCAGCAGGGUCCGCUUCAUUCAAAAGCAAUCGAUACAGACCUUGACGGAGCAGAUAUGUGGUGCGACAAACUCGCAAAUGCUCCUUCUUCUUUCGAGCCUGUCAGGAUCUCCAAUAUCGUCAAUAGAUGUCGAAUCUUUGUACUCCGGGGACAUUACACAACUGCAUUAUCUUUGCUGAAACCAGCACUUGUGAGCUCCAUUAUUCGCAUAGGAGAAACGAAUCCUCUUACAAUCGAGACUGCGUUAUUAUGUUCUUUCCUUCAGAUUGAAACAGGAUGUGCUGCGGAGGGAAGAAUAACAUGUGAGAGGUGUGCCGAUGUAAUAGAAGAAACACUUGGCAAUGAGCAUCCUUUUGCACUAGAGGCCGAACACAUUCUUAUCUCAGCCUCGAAUCAAGAAGGGGCCUUUCUCUCUGCACUGGACGAUUCCAUCUCUUUGCAUCGACGCGCUGAAUCAAGCGCUGAAUUGGGCUACAAACACCCAUCAACACUGAAAUACAAAUGCCAGCUUGGGGAGUUAUACAUUGAGAACGGAUUCUAUUCAACGGCUGAAGGCAUCUUGACAGCGGUCCGAGACGAUGUAGAACAGCUUUGGGGUUCCCAGCAUCCCGAGGUGCUACGAGUUCGGUCUCAACUCGCUCUAGCCCAGUAUCAUUUGGGGAAACUGGAAAUUGCCGAGAAAGCCAUAUUCUCAACUCUUCACGACCAGAUUCAACUGUACAUUCCGCUUGACAAAGACAAGAUAUGGUUGAAGAAGGAUGAUAACACCAGUGUGCGGCAGUUCAUCAACAGCAACCCACCCCUGCUGCGACGUAUUGGAGAAGCGUUCAAAGCAAAGCAUCUUGAAUCUGCACCACAUCCAGAUAUCCUACAGUCAUUAUUGACCUGUGGCAAGAUUCUAUCAAGACAUCCUAACGCUGAUCUGGAUCUAGCCCUUGACAUCUUUCAUUUAGUACGUGACGCUGGGGUCGCUAAACUAGGACAAUUACACUCCCUCCCGCUUCUGGCUUCCCUAACAAUGGGUGAAGUCUCAUCAUCAAUGGCAAUGGGAGAAAAGGAUGGUUUAAGACGUCAGGAGCUGUAUGUUCAGGCGAUGUCUUCUUUUGACUUUAUUAUGCGGCCUGAUACCGUCGUGCUGGAUUACCCAAAGAUCGAAAAGUCAACUUCAGGUACUACCGCAAUCCGCCUGGACACUGAUCAUCCUAUUUUCCUAGGUAUGAGACAGGAGAGCCUUCUUGCCAGUCUCCUAUUUUCGAAGUCUGAACCCGGAAAGGAACAUGUUCUUGAAUGCAAAGAUCAGCUCGACGCCAUCUUGGCAAUGCAAAAGAGCCGACCGGGACAAGGUCAUCGGCAGACAGUAAAGACUCUACUAACUCUACUGACUAUUGCUCUAUCCUUUUCAGAGCCUUUGCUGGAGGCGGCUGAGAUCUACAAGGAGAUUCUUGAACCACUUACAAAUAUUGAGGUUGAGCGAGAAAGUGAUAAUGAUAGGCAGGGUUAUCGCCAAUUCCAGAUGUCUUGA